AUGUCAAUCAAGUUCGCUUCAAUGUCUCCUGACCAUGUCUAUGAGAUUGAUGAGCUUCCACUGGAUGAGCGCACCCUUCGAGGACAAAAUCACCGAAGGACCUUUUAUCGUAUAACGCAGGCUGCGAUUUGGAUUGCACCCCUCUACUUCACUGCUCGCCUUUACUUCUUGCUCAGAGCUCUGUCGCCAACAUGGAAGAUGUGGGCAAUGCUAGGCAUUGAGUGCUUGUUUGCUCACAUGUCAUAUCAGCAUCAGGCCGUGUCGCUUUCGGCAGCAGGUUCUUCUAGUCAGGCUUCGCGAAAAAGGUUGAGAUUGCGGAACAGUGCCAGUCUUCCCACGGUUGAUGUACUGAUAACAUGUUGCGGAGAGUCGGUGGAAAUUAUUUCAGACACGGUUCGCGCAGCCUGUUCGCUGGAUUACCCGGCUUCGCGGUUUCGAGUCCGUCUACUUGACGAUGGCGCAUCGACGGAACUUCGCGACGAGAUUGCCAGACUAUCCAUGACCUGGAGUCACUUGAGCUACCACACUCGCGGCAAACAAUCGAAUCAGUCGUUCGCUAAAGCAGGGAACUUGAACUAUGCUCUCUUCUCCUUGCAAAGCGAGGAUCCACCUGAAUACUGUACCGUUGUGGAUGCCGACUCUAUUCUGAUGCCCCAUUUCCUGCGCGCAACCUUACCUCAUUUGCUGAAGGACCCCGAGGCAGCGUUAGUCACUACACGGCAGUACUUUGACAACUUGCCUCGGGGAGAUCCGCUCUCGCAGGCCCGCGCGUACUUCUACACGUGCGAGAAUACUGAGCUUGAUCUGAUGGGCCAUGCUGUUGAUGCGGGAUCUGGCGCCGUGUUUCGUCGCAAGGCCAUUCUUGAUGUCGGGGGUUACCCUACCUUCUCUUUCUCUGAGGACUGGCAGCUUUCUCUUGUCCUGCGGGGUAUGGGAAAGCGCACAAUGCAGGUGCAAGAGAUCUUGCAAUUUGGCCUCGUGCCAACUUCUUUUGCGGGACAUCUCAAACAACGCAAUCGAUGGCAUAUUGGCCACUCCCAACAGGUAUCUGUCCUAUUCGCGUCUGCUAAAAAUGCCAUUCCGCAACAUCUUCGUUGGGACAUUGCCACUGGAGGACUGUCGAUUAUGGCAGGCCUGGUGACAUACCUGAUUGGCUUCUUCGCAAUCCCGACUCUGUUGUUUGUCGAAGGCGAUCUCUUUCCCACCCGAUCUCUAUUUGAGAUCAAAUCCCAGGUCGUGCUGGCAAUCUUACAUGUGUUAUCCACGUGGGCAUACAACUGGUCUCGGAGUACGCAUGCGGGUGUUCCCUUCAUGCCCCUUGCCCAUACGGAAAACAGUUGGCUUGCUCCUGCGCAUUUGUAUGCUGUUUUCCAGUUUCACUUGUUUGGAAGUAAACCUAAGGGCUCCUUCGUGACAGGAAGUGCAGCUAAUUGCCGGGAAAAUGCCUCGCCCGUAAAGCUUUUUCCAAAGAUUCACAAAGAUGUGCUGGAAAAUGGACUGUGGCUAAACAUCUCUCUCUUUGCUACCCUGUUGUGCGGAACGCUUUUUUCCCUCCAGAGCUUGGUCAGUGCCACUGGUCCUUUGAUCCCUAGGGUACUUUCCUCUAUUGCAUGGCCGCCAUUCUUCGUGAUGAUUAUCUCCACUUUCUAUAACCAUUGGACCCCGAUUGGACAUCUUCUCAACCCUCCAGUGUAUCCCUCCCGGGCAUCUGGAUUGAUGGUCACUGAAAGCAAAGUUCCAUAUUCGAGCGCGAAUAUUAAAACAGACCAUAUCUACAAGGUUUCUAUGUUCGACCGAACUCUCGCUUUUGGGUUGCCAAGCGUUCUUCUUGGGAUGCUCGCGGGAGUCCUCACUCUAUGA